AUGGUUACAAAUGUAUAUGUUUCUGCUGUCACUCAAGAUAACAUAUCCCGCCAUGAGCUUCUCGCUUGGGUCAACAAUAAUCUGAAGGCCAAUUUCUCAAAAAUUGAAGAAAUGAGCACGGGUGCUGCGUACUGUCAACUCACACAUAUGCUAUUCCGUGAUUCUAUCAAUCUUCGUAAGGUCAAAUGGAAUAGUCGCAAUGAAAUGGACCAUAUCAGCAACUGGAAAACACUGACUACCGCUUGGAAAGCGCUAGGCGUUGACAAGCCAGUCCUCGUGGAACGGUUGACGAAGGCGAAAUUCCAAGACAAUUUCGAAUUUCUACAGUGGUUUUUCAAAUUUUUCAACGCCAACUAUGUAGAUGACGGCGAAGAAUAUGAUGCAUUAGCAGCCCGAGGAGGCGAGCAAGACGGUUUGUGA